AAAAUGUCAACAAAAGGAAAACCGCCUCCGCACUUACGCACCUUGACACUCGCACCUGCUCUUGUGAGCGCAAUUUUGGGCUAGACUGGCGAGAAUCAGGUGGCGGUCUUGCACUGACGCGGUUCGCAUCCAAGUUUGUCAGCGUUCGCACGAUGGCUGGGGUCGUGCCGGUGCCGCUGAAGAAGGCCUCGCGCCGCAAACAGUGGACUUACCACGACGGUCCUCGAAGCUCACUGCGACUCCUGCAAGGUCAGCUGGCCGAAGACGGAUGUCCUGAGGCUCAGGUUGCUUUAGCGAAGCAACUCCUGAACGACACAGAGAAUGUUGAGGACAAAGAAGAAAACGACCGCCUGGCUGUCUACUGGUUGAUCAAAGCGUCCGAGCAGGGCCACCUGGACGCCACGGAAAUCCUGCAGCACUGUCUCGAUAUCGGUAGAGGGAUUUCGGAGCAAAAUUUCCUGGACGUGCAGAAGUGCCUGAAAAUGAGCCAAGACGAGAAGCUCGCAAGGAGGGCGGCCCGCCAGCUGUUUAACAGUUUAUCGGCCGGACAGGACUACAUCACGACGGACCAGUUGAGACGGCGGAUUGUCGUGAUGAAGAAAAGACGGCUGACGUCCAGCCAUCAACUUCUGAAGGGGCCAAUGCACUCUGCCGCUGACAAUAAUUCCGAAAGCGACGGCUCUGAUCCACAUACAGAUUGGACUUCACGAGCCGGUCAAAGCUAUUCCGGCGAGAAAUUGACAGAAGACUGCUUGGUUUCGGCAGCCACAACGUACACCAGGGGUGAACUGCCCUUGGUGCAAAGGGUGCUGGUGCUUGCCGACCCGGAACGAGGGCAACUCGAACAAAUCGGCUUCAUUCAAAGGAGCGUGCUGCAUCCGUGGGCCACCGUUGUCUUAGUCUACGUCUCUCUUCUCGAGUUUUUCGCCAGACGCGGCUCCUCGCUGCUUCAAAUGAUCAUUCCAACUUCUCCAGUUCACACGAUUUUACUGCUACUUUGCUACUGGCUGGCGGGAGCCGAAAGCUUGUCUUGGCUUUUCUCCAUCAUGAUCUUUUACACGUCUUUCGGCUUCAUGUUCAUCGCCACCAUGGAAAUGCUGCAGCGCGAGAAGGAAUUCCAGCACUUCCGUGUUUGGUCCCAGCUCUUUUUGAGCCACAGUUCCAAUCCGGCAGAUUUGGGAGGUGGAUACCUGGAUUCUAGUCAGGCCGAGCGGCGCUUCUUGAACGGCGGCGUCGGCCAGUACGUGAGAUUCUUCGCCGCGCUGCUCUUCUUCAUCGUGUCUUAUCCGCUGGUCAACUCGAGUUGGGUGCCGCACGCUGAAAUCUCCGUCAUCGCCACCGUGCUCUCCGUGAUCACGCUUUUCAGCUUCAUGGACUCGUGGAAGAAGCCAGAUGGCCUGAUGCUUCUCUCCUUUGCCCUCAAUGUUCUUGCCAGGUAUCCGUACGAAUUUGACGCCGUCGUUCAAGGCUGGCAAUUCCUGGAUCUGCGAGCUCCAGCCUUCGCCUCAUCCAUCGUCGGAAGGAGCGUCGAGUUUUGUCUCACGUACCGCUCUCUGCUGCACUUGUCUGUCGCUUUAAUCCUCGUCCGAAUGGCUGUUAGAAACGGCUGGGCCGGCGUUUGCCGCGGUUUGAUACCUCAUUGCGUCGCUCUAGCAUGGUGGCAGAUUGCAGUGCUGUCCGCGGAGAGUGCGACCAAAUUCGGGCUCUUGCGAGCUGCGUUCUCGAUCGUCGGGCUUGGAUUCUGCGUGCCUCUGAUCGGAGUGCUGCUGCUGCUGUUGCCGGCGUUGGCAAUUCUCAAAACGCUCACCAGCACCACACUUUUGGUCAAGGCAGCGUCGUCGUCGUUCGUGGCCGCCUUGCCUUUUGCCCUUUCCUGGUGGAUUGCAAAGCUACACAGGCGAGGCACGGUGCAUGCCGGGCGUCUAGUGCUUGCCCUGCAACUCAUUUGCAGCGUGGUGGCGAUGGUGAUGCUGAUUUAUCCGGUCAGCAACAGCACCCUGAGCAGCAUUUCGUACCUGCAAGAAGAGCAGCACGCGUCGGCAACGAAAGAAUCGACUCACAACAUUCCAGAGCCCGAGUCUGGGCUCACUUGGGACAUGUACCACCAACACUGCCACCAGCCAGCCUGGGAACAAUCCUCUGUCGCAGUUACUCAACUGUCGUGUUCUCCAUUGUCCGGGACAUCUGUUAGCUGGAACGGAUACGUGACGAGCGUGGAAGUGAGCAAAAUGUCAAACCCGUUGGCCUCUGGCCUGCAGCUCUUUCCAUCGCUGAUUUCGUCGACGCUGGCCUGUCUGAUCGGGGAGCAAGUUCCGCUCGUGUGUCCCGAAGGGCGGUCGACCGAAGCAGGGCAGUGCCGGUUGCACCACCUGACGGGGCGCAAGUGCCACCUGGACUCGUGGGCCAACGUCGAGGUGACGCUCUCCGUCAAAAUGAAGUCCAAGAGAAUGUGGGGCACGGACGCGCAGGUGCGGCUCGUCGCCGAGGACUUCUUCAAGAACUUCACCGCCGUCCUGCAGCCCCAGGACCGGAUCUGGUUCAAGGGCGAGCUGCUGGCCGACGGCCUCGGCGGACCGGCCCCCAAAAUCAGUCUGCAGCAAAUCGACUGCUUGGACUGCCACAAGAGUGAUCUUCUGAUGAUGAGGAAGCCGGGGCUCUUGAUAGCUUCGGUCACCACACUCAUCGACGUCGGACAACUCGCGCUUCAGUCUUUUAUUGGAUUUGUUUUGGGACCGAUGAUCCGGUUCACUUAAUUGUUACGACUCAAAAGGAACGUUUUAGUUUUUGGCGGAAUUAUUUAAAUCGUCAGUUAGUUCGCAAUAGAGCUUGAAUAGUUGAAAUUAUUGUGGGAAAUGAUUCAAAAUCGGAUUAUGAAGCCAGUGACAGUCUUCUUGACAAGAAAAAUUGAUCGAUGCGUCAUUUUUUACUUUCCAAACAUUUUCCUAAUUUUUAAAUGUUCGCCUGGAAAUUAACUAACGGCUCAAGAUAAUGUUUUAAAAUUUUCUGAGCUCACUAGCAUGUCUCGUAGCUUCAUAAAAUUGUAAAUUAUUAAGUAUUUUGCCAUAAGAAAAAUUAUUAACAACUCACAAAGCUCGGAACUAACCCUUUUGGGAUUUUUUAGCGUCAAAAAUGACCCACUAAUCGAUUAUCCCAUUUAAUAAUUUCGCCAAAAACAGGAGCGAAGAGUUUCCUUGUUAGAGAGGCUAACCCAUCUAAUCUCACGCGAGAGCUAAUUUAUUUUGUUGUGACCAAUCGUGUUUGUGAUUAGAGCGUAGGAAUCUGCAUUUUAGUCUGUUGAAAGUCGAAAUUGAAGUUAAAUAUAUGAUUUUCUGAUACGAAAGCCUGAUUAACAUUAAGUGCAAUAAAGAGUAUUUAAUUUGUGCAAUGUCGAACAA